CGAGGUACCAUAUGAAGCUGAGAGAGAGUGGGAGUGCCAAGGAGAGAUAGAGCGAGCGCCAGAGAGAGUGAGAGAGAGAGAGCGAACAGAGCGAGAGAGUAACAGGAGAGAGCAGUCAAACUGUAAAGUGAAUGAAAAGCGAGACGGAGAGUCUGAAGCUUAUCAAAGCCAGGAGGGAUUAAAUAAGGGAGCGAGAACUGCGCUCAGGGAAACAGUGGACUCGGGGAAAGGACCAGAAGAUGCUCUACUUUAGUCGCUCCACAAACGACGCGGCACAACGCGAAGCAGUCACAGCGAGACCGAGUUACAGUCCGUCCUUUUCCUCACCGUGGAAACACUGAGGUACCAGCCCAGAGCAGACGGAAACGUGAACUAUUCUGGAACUUAGUUUUGUUUGAAAUCCGGUGUCUCAGAUGAUACCCUGACCACGGACCAAAUUAUGAAUUGAGUGCGACGUAUCGCAGCCUGCAGCUUUCCUCGUCUAAGGCUCCUGUACGUGAUGAGAGGAGAAGCGCAAAGGAAGAUUCUGGAGGAUUUUAGUUGGGGGUUGCCUGGCUACUUUGUAGGGAGUGCGUUUCUUCUUUUAUACUGAGCACCAGGGGAGUGUGUCUCUAUAAAACAUACCGGGCUUUGUUCUUCCAAGCACCUUCCAGCUGAAAGGAGAGAAGACGGUUUGCAUUGACCAGGAAGAAGGCAGAAGGCACUGAGAAUUGCAUGCCUCUCUGUGCAACUGGCUGUGUGAUUGUGUUAAGCGAGCCGGACAGAAUGCUGACUUCUUUGAAACCCUUCCCCCUCCUGGUUGUUCAGCGCUCUGUCUAUUUGUCACAGACAGUUUAGUUACUAACUUAAAACUUCAUACCGGAUACGAGGACAUUUUCAUUGAGGACAUUUAUAUUAGAACUAGGAGAAAAAGUGGUUGUGUCCAUCACUGGGGAAGCGACAGAGGGAUCAGCUGAUAACAGAUUUCCCAGACAGGGGAGCUGACAGUGGGUGUUUAUUUUUCUUGACGGUUUAAGAUGAAUUGCACUGGGGAUAUAAGGGGCGUUUUCUAGCUUAUUUCUUGUUCAGAAGGUCCAGGGGUUCGGGAAAAAGAGCCAGACAAUCACAAGUAAGGAUAACAACUGGUUCCAGUUUUCUUCUGAAAGGAAGGAGAUGUGAAGGAGAACUGUCUUUUUUUCAAGGGCCAUACUGGCAAAGCACCAACAGGACUGUAGUAGGAGUGUCUCCACAAGUCAUUGUUCCUCAGGGACACUCUUAUUCAGGGGACUGUAACAUCGUUAAAUUAACAAUCAAAUACUCAUCUUUCAAACAGUGAGAGCUACAACAGGGUCAUCAUUAAAGCAUCGGUGAGAGAAAAAUCCCAGAUUAAAUACUUACAUUUUAGAAAUUUAGCAGACUGUCUUAUGCAGACCGACUCACAGCAGCAAUUAGGGUUAUUUGCUUGCUCAAGGGCAUGUAUUUGCUCAACGUUUUUCAUUUGUCAGCACGGGAUUCGAACCAGAGACCGUCUGAUUAGUGUCCCAACGCUCUAACUAAUGAGUCCUGUCAAUGCAACGAUUCCGGGAGGGGAUAUUAUGAGACAUUGGAAUGACAUUUAUGGACUUUCUGGAGGUGAGGAGCAUAAAUCGAAUCUACUUUCAGCUGUCACUGAGCUGUGACGCAGAAGUAGAGUUCAUCCCUGGAGUAAAAUAAUUAUAAUGUGCAUUUCAACAGAGAUCAUCAUAUUUCACUGAUCUUCAUCUGAAAUAAACAUUAGUUGAUUUUCCAAAGCCAACCCUGCUCAGGGACUUUUGCAGCUAUCGAUCCAGUUGAGCUGCACUGUACAGCUAACAAUUCUUUUCUCUUCAGCUUCAACAUCACCCCAGAAAACCACCGCCACGUAUCUACAACAAACAACAUUCAUCACAACCAUCCUCCGCAGAUCAAACUUUACCCACAAACACAGCAGCCCCUUUAAGAGAAAGGCGGGGAGUAAACCAACUGAACAAACUGCGACGCCAAGAAACUGUGGGCCAAACGGGAGCCCCACAGAAGGACGUCCAGACUUCAGGACUUCCUGUCACUCUGGCCUCUCACCCGUCCCCAAGCGGCGUCAGACGGCACUAUGCUCUGCUCUCAGGGCGUGGCUGCAAUCCCUCUGGUGCUGAACACUCUCUUUGCAGUUCUCCUGCUGCUGCAGCAGCUAGCUGGGGUCGUGGCUGAGGUUGGGGUCAGCGUCACUGAGGAUCCGGUUUUGGCUGAGGCCGGGGUUAGUGAGGGCGAGAUCGGGGCUGACACUGGGAAUACUGAGUCCCUGGUCAGGGACAGCAGCUGUCCCAAGGGCUGCCUGUGUUGCUCAGACAUCCUCAGCUGCGCCAACCAGGAACUUAAGACGUUGCCCUUUGAGCUGCCCCCAUACACCACCACCCUCGACCUCAACCACAACCACCUGAUGGAGCUGAAAGAAGGAAGCUUCGCCACGCUGCAUCGUCUGGAGUCCCUCCGGUUGGCCCACAACAGUCUGAAAUACCUCGAAGCCGGAACUUUCCAGAACAGCAGCGCGCUACGACAACUGGACCUUUCGUCUAAUCAGCUGGAUAAGGUGGAGGUUCACUACUUCCUGGAGCUGACAGGAUUGGAGGAGCUGCUGCUCUUCAACAACCGCAUUGUACGUGUGGAGAGCAAGGCUUUGGCAGUGCUAGGAAACCUGCGCAAGGCCUACAUCAGCCACAAUCGCCUCACAGACUUCCCCUUCUUCUCCAUCCAGGAGCACAGCCACCCCUUUUUGGCCAUCAUGGAUCUGUCCUCCAACAGCAUGUCAAAACUCCCCCUGGUGGAAAUAGAAACCCUGCCGGUCGCCUUGCAGAGAGGACUCUACCUCCACAACAAUACGCUGAUCUGCGAGUGCGAGAUGUACAACAUGUUCCGGCGCUGGGAACGGAAAGGAUUCCCCUCAGUCAGGGACUUCCGGGAGGAGCACACAUGCCUGGUGUACGGGGAACGCAAGGCCUCCGUAAAGUUCUUCCAGCACAGGCGCUUUUUGGAAGUGAACUUGAACUGUAGUUCCAUGGCGGCCGCAUUAGUGGCUGAGCCAGAGAGCAGUCUGCUAGCCUACGUAGGCGAAGCCGUGGUUCUGGACUGUCACACCACGCUAAGUGGACAACACCUAACGCACCUGUGGGUGUCGCCACAUCACGGGGCCGGGGCGCCGCCAGAGAACAACGGCACCCUCCGCAUGCACCCCAACGGCAGCCUGGAGAUCGUGUCGGCGCAGGCCGAGGACUCCGGCGUCUACUGGUGCAAGGUUUUCGACGCGACCAAGCGCAACGAGUCCUGGGAGGUCAACGUGACGGUGCUGAUGCGAAAAGACGACACGGAGCCCUUCAACACAGGCUUCACCACCCUGAUUGGGUGCGUCACCACCCUGGUGCUGGUCAUCAUGUACCUCUACCUGACGCCGUGCCGCUGCUGGUGUCGCAGGAGGCCCCCCCGGCCAGGCGUCCACAGUCCGGCCAACGACCAGUGCAGCGCCCAGUCCUCGAUCCUCACCGCCACCCCGCCCGCCACCACGGAGGGCCCGGGCCGCAAGAUGUGACAAUCCCAGAUCACAACCCACAUGUCGGAGAAUGGACCACUCUUCCACCGCCAAAAUAAGGUCAGACAGCUGGACGGCACGGAAACACUCAGGACUGAUGGAGGCCUGCGCCACAACACUACAACAACACGUCCGUGGUAAAAACAGAGAGACCACUGGGAUGUGUUUUAUGCUAGCAGACCGGUAUGACUGAAUACUGCACACAGCGGCCACCAACCUAUGCAGGACUCACUCAAACAACCACUGACGGGUAUUAUGCUUAAGACAAUGACACCACCACACCAAAGAGAUCACUAUAUAUUAUCAGGCUGAGGACUUGUUCAACAAUACCAAAACAGACGAGUCUGUACCUUUUCACACAACACUGCAAUAGGCGUGUCUGUAGCUGUGUAUCAAUAUUACCAUGUGUGUCUGUACCUGUUCAGAUAGAAUUCUGCCCCGUUAGCAUGUUCGGUAUCGUUUCCCCAAAAACUAUAAACAUUGCGGAUUAAUGUGUGACCCCGUUGAUUACAUUAUUAUUUUUCUAGCGGUCGGGCUGCAAGUUGUGCUUUCUUUCCACUUAAUAUCCUGGUGACAUAGUAUCCACCAAACCAUAACAUACAGACACGGACCGACAGCCUGGAUUAUUUGAUUGACAGUUUUGGUCGCUUUAGGCGUGGCAUAUUAUUUUUCCACAUACGCUGGAUACGCCCCUUCAUUGGCACUUUGAAACGAUCUCCAGAGAUGGUUUUCUGUUGGAAUUCAAAAAGCUGUCUUGCAUCGAGCUUCGGGGGGCCACAGAGUUAUUUUUGAGGCUCAUUAAAAAAGGUUUUAAUCUGUUUUAUUGAAGCAGCUGUGCUGCCUGUUCGGCUGCUAGCGUCCGUAUAACGAAGUAGCGACUCGCCCUCUUGAAUCUAGCUGCUGUCGCACUCAGCUGACCCAACACUAUAACGUGGAAAUCACAGAGAAAUAGGCUUUCCUGACUGACACACAUUCUCAUUUCUGAUAACAUUCCUUCUUACAUGAGGCAGCAGUGUCUACAACUGGAGGGCAGCUAAGCAAGCUUGUCAGUAAAUAGCAACCCAGGCAGCUAUAACAAGUUAGCUUAGGAGCCGAAAAAACAAGCAUGUGCACAUACUGUAAGUAUUUUUGUCAAAACUCCUUUGCUCAUUAUAGAAUUGUAGUUCCUUAUUCUGUGGUACCUGCUCUUUCCACAUACCUCCCAGCCAAGUAUUACAAUGGAAAACGGAUCCCAGAUUCACAAUAACAUGAAUGAGAAGAAAACAAUAACGUUUCAGUCUGUCCUAUUAUGUCCUAUUCUUUUUACUUUGCUAUGUUCUAAAAAUAGGGCUUUUAUUGUGUUAAUGAGUAUUAAUAGAAUAUACUGUUGAAAUUUUAAAUUCGCUGUCUCACAACACAGGUUCCUAGAAUAUGACAUAUACAUAAAUAGAUGAAUAAUAAAUAUACUUCAUGUUUUCCUAAACACUUACAAAAAUAGAUAACUUUCUUAAUUUAAUACCUUUUUUUGUAGAUGGCUGUGUUGCUUUUCAUUCUUUCCCUAUAUAGUUUGCUUUUGGUUUUUAAAUUCCGUCUUUGUGUAUUUUGUUUUAGAUUUUGUGUAAAGAAAAUGAGGAACAGUGGCAAAGCACUAUUACAUACUUUUGUGUAAUUUAUUUCAGAGGCUCUUACCCAUUAGUACAUUCAUAGAACUCAGACUAUUAGAAAUCCUUAAUUUAGGUUAUAUCAUUUUUAUAUUCUGAUAGUAAGAAAAUAUUGAAUUUAAAAAAAAUAUAUAAACAAUGUUGAAAUGUACAAAAAAUGUGUGAAAAUAUCAAACAUUAAGUGUUGUUUAACCUGUUAUUUCUUUCUGUCCGACAGUGAUCAGCAGCAAUGUCAUA